UUAUGAUCUGCAGCUAAACCCAACCCACUUUCUCUCUCCGAUCAGACGCUUUUCCAGAUUGUUUACUUGCACUGGUCUCCCUCCCUCUCCUUAUCCUCUCCCUCCCAUCCAGCCUCUCUCCCGCCCACUAGUUGGUUUCUGCUUAGCGUUGGUGGCGAUAAAAAGAGCAACGAGGAGACGGGAGAAACUUUUUCUGUUCCGUUUGGCUGUUGCAUCUUCUAACCCUGCACUUUCACUCUCAAACGACCACUAUGCUCCGUCUGACUGCAGGGCGCAUGGGAAGCCUGAUGGCCAGGCGCGCUACUGUUGCCUUGACUACCAGCAGCGCGAGGAUGGCUAGCCAUGGUCACGAGGUGUCAGAGUCAGUGGACAUGUCAAAGCCGAUGUACAGUGACCGUCGGGAAUCCCCCCUGCCUGACAAACCCUACAAAGAUGUCCUGACCCCUGCUGACAAGAGCCUGAAAGAGAAGGAAAAAGGACCCUGGGGCCAGCUGAGCAACGAGGAGAAGCUGGCCUUGUACCGGAUCUCCUUCUGUAAGACCUACCCAGAGAUGAACCAGAAGUCAUCAGAGUGGAAGAGUGUGUUUGGAGGGAUGUUCUUCUUCCUAGGCCUGACUGGCCUGCUGGUCAUUUGGCAGGCAGCCUACGUGUCCCCUCCCCUUCCAAGGACCUUUGAACCUGAGUCGAAGGCCAAACAGUUGCAAAGGAUGCUGGACAUGAGGGUUAACCCCGUCGAGGGCUUCGGAGCCCAAUGGGACUAUGAGAAGAACCAGUGGAAGUAGAGAGAGCUGACCCCUGAGAGCAGGGAUUGCUCCAUUUGUUGAAGAUCUGAACGUGGCAUUGAUACAGUUAGAAACACUAGAAGGAUGGAGCAAUAUCACAUUUUACUUUGGCCCCUCUGGCUCUCAGUGAGGGGCCUCUGCUCGAACCACUGCAGCCUUGUAUCCGUCCUAUUGUGACCUUAUUAUAAUAAAAAAAAGUUCUGCUUUU